AUGCCUGAGCUUGGAUUUACUUCUUCCCCUGCUUCCAUGCACAUUUCUCAGUUUCCCAGUCACCACCACUGCAGCACCCAAUUGGGUACUUCAAGACCCAGAAUUCAAGAGCACAGGUUUCAGCUUAUUCUUAGCCAGCAUGGCUCUCAGGGCAAUGGUCAUAAUCUCUGUGAAUUGAAAUUGGGGUCUCAGAAUUCUCAGCUCCUUGGUCAUGGAUAUAGUGUGCAGUUGGGUACAAUCAGACCCAGAAGCCAAAAACAUAGAAAACUCUCUUUUGGGCAUGGUAGAACCUCAUUUCUCAGUGAUUACAAGCUCAGUGGAUUGAAUUUAGGGUUUUAUAAGACCAGAGACCUGGACACUCUGAGACCCAAAGUUCCCAAAAGCAAAUUGAUUCAAGGGUGUCAUUUGGGAGGUUCAAAUUUCAGUAAAUGUAGACAUGGUAGUGUGCAAUUAGGGUUGUCUGAGGUGAAUUCCAGGAAUUUGAACUUUGUGAUGAGGUCAAGUUCAACAUUGAGUGUAGAUAAAGUGGUGGAGAGAGAGGGAGGUGGUGGUAAGAGCUACUAUGACGCCAUUGUUAUAGGGUCAGGAAUUGGAGGGUUGGUUGCAGCUACCCAGUUGGCUGUGAAGGGUGCCAGGGUUUUAGUGUUAGAGAAGUAUGUGAUUCCUGGUGGGAGCUCUGGGUAUUAUGAGAGAGAUGGUUAUACUUUUGAUGUUGGAUCUUCUGUGAUGUUCGGUUUCAGCGAUAAGGGCAAUCUAAAUUUGAUAACCCAAGCAUUGGCAGCAGUGGGUUGUGAGAUGCAGGUGAUACCUGAUCCAACUACUGUCCAUUAUCAUCUCCCCAAUAAUCUUUCUGUCCUAGUGCACAGAGAAUAUAGUGAAUUUAUCACAGAACUUACUGGUAAAUUUCCCCAUGAAAAGGAAGGGAUUCUCAAAUUCUAUGGUGAAUGUUGGAAGAUUUUCAAUGCCUUGAACUCAUUGGAACUGAAGUCACUUGAGGAGCCAAUCUACCUUUUUGGACAGUUCUUUCAGAAGCCUCUUGAAUGGCUUGGACACUUGACAUUUUACCACCAAUUACAAUGCUUUUUCUCCACGAAAUGGGGAUGUAGAACAAUUGAUUGCAGCACUGUUGUCAUUGAUACAGUUGACAAUAUUGACACCUUCAAAAUUUUGAGAUAUCAGUCCCCAAUAGAAUCUGCCUACUAUUUGCCUCAAAAUGCUGGGGACAUAGCUCGUAAAUACAUUCAGGAUCCCCAGCUGUUGUCUUUCAUAGAUGCGGAGUGUUUUAUUGUGAGUACAGUCAAGGCUUUGCAGACACCAAUGAUCAAUGCAAGCAUGGUUAUGUGUGACAGGCAUUAUGGUGGGAUUAACUACCCUGUUGGUGGUGUUGGCGGAAUUGCAAAGUCCUUAGCAAAAGGUCUAGUAGACCAGGGCAGUGAGAUACUUUACAAGGCCAAUGUUACUAGCAUCAUAGUUGAUCAGGGCAGAGCUGUUGGAGUAAGGCUUUCAGAUGGGAGGGAAUUCUUUGCCAAAACCAUAAUAUCAAAUGCUACUAGAUGGAAUACCUUUGGAACACUGCUAAAAGGAGACGAUGUUCCAAAAGAAGAGGAAAAUUUUCAGAAAGUUUAUGUUAAGGCCCCAUCUUUUCUUUCCAUUCACAUGGGGGUGAAAGCUGAAGUUCUGCCACCAGAUACGGAUUGCCACCAUUUUGUGCUUGAGGAUGAUUGGACAAGGUUAGAAGAGCCUUAUGGAAGUAUCUUUUUAAGCAUUCCAACUGUCCUUGACCCAUCGUUGGCUCCAGAAGGACGCCACAUACUUCACAUAUUUACAACCUCUUCCAUAGAGGACUGGGAGGGACUCUCUCGAAAGGACUACGAAGCAAAGAAAGAGAUUGUAGCAGAUGAAAUCAUUGGCAGAUUAGAGGAUAAACUAUUUCCAGGGCUAAAAUCAUCCAUCGUUUUUAAGGAGGUGGGAACACCAAAGACACACAGGCGGUACCUGGCUCGUGACAAGGGUACUUAUGGACCAAUACCACGUAGAACUCCUAAGGGCUUAUUGGGAAUGCCAUUCAAUACAACAGCCAUAGAGGGUCUCUACUGUGUUGGUGAUAGCUGCUUUCCGGGACAAGGAGUUAUAGCUGUAUCCUUCUCAGGAGUAAUGUGUGCUCAUCGAGUAGCUGCUGAUAUAGGGCUUGAGAAGAAGUCCCCAGUAUUGGAUGCUGCCCUCCUUCGACUUCUUGGAUGGUUAAGGACAUUAGCAUGA